UGUUCUCUCUUCCCAUAUCAUAUUUUAAUAUUAUUUAAUACGAUAAACUUUUAUGUACUUGAAAUAUUAAACAUUACUUACAUUAAUAAUUUUAAAUUUUAAUUAAUAUGUUUGGUAUAAUAAUAAACAAGUAUUAUAUGUAUAUUCCAGAUAGAUAUAAAAUACUAAUUAUUGCAAUUUCGUCUAUUCUUCAUAUAAGAAUUAUAAUAAUAGGACAGUACGAUAUCGUAUUAUCAUAA